AUGGGAACCUCGGGAUCUUCCAAGGCAACCGUCCAUGUUUGUACCAACUGUGGUUGUGAAACAGUCAAAUGGCAUGGACGAUGUCCCACCUGCAAGGAAUGGAAUACCCUACAAGAAUUUGCCGUCCAACGAGAGCGCAAAACGAAUGCGGCAUCGAAUAGUCGGGCACUCUUUGAGAGACCCAUCUUUUCCUCUUCAUCAAAUUUUGCAAACAAUAAUAAUAAUGGGGAGGACUUUACGACAACCAACAAGAGGCCAUCGUCGUCCUGGAUCGGAGGAACCAACAACAACAGAGGCUUUCCCAAUGAUCCAACCGGCCUAUUCGUCAAUCCACCGGUCCGCAUCAAUGAUGUCCUUGACAAUAGCAAUGACAACAACAAGAAACAGAACCAAAGAAUAGUCAUUCCAGAUGACGAAGAACUCAAUACUGUUUUUGGCGGUGGAAUCAUGAAGGGAUCGUUAUGCUUGUUGGGCGGAUCUCCAGGUGUGGGAAAGAGCACGCUCUUGCUGCAGACGGCGGCCAGUAUCGCAUCCAACAAUCUGCAAGAUGGACCUGUCUGGUAUGUUUCGGGCGAAGAAACGGCGCAACAAAUUGCCGAACGAGCCAAACGCUUGGGUUGUAGUACUGCUAGCAACAAUUUGUACUUGCUCAGUGAAACCCAUGUGGAUACAUUGGCAGAGCAGGUGGUGACACUCAUGGAAGCUGCCGCCGUCAAUCAGAGUCUCGCAUUGUACAAGACAAACCCGCCAUCCAUGAUGGUCAUUGAUUCGAUUCAAACCAUGAUAUGCGAAGCGGGAGGGGCAUCGGCAGCGGGUGGAGUCACGCAAAUGCGAGAAUCCGUAGCGCUCUUGCUACGAAUUGCCAAAUCCACCAAUAUUCCCAUUAUCUUGGUCGGACAUGUUACCAAAAGUGGAGAUGUCGCGGGACCUCGGACGGUCGAGCACCAGGUCGAUUGCGUGGCGUAUUUGGAAGGUCUGGAGGGAGGCGGAGAAAUGAUGAAUUUGAGAAUGUUGCGGACCAGCAAGAAUCGGUUUGGUGCCGCCGACAAUGUGGGUGUCUACGAAAUGACAGCGGGGCGUUUGCUGCCAGUGUCCGAUCCAUCUUCCCUCUUGCUCGCACAUCGUCUCAAUACAGAUGACCAAGAAGGAUGUGCCAUUACGGUUGCUGUCGAGGGAAUACGAGCCAUGACGGUGGAGAUUCAAGCUCUCGUGACGCCUUCCUGCAGUGGCCCAACGGGUGGAAGCAAGAGAAAUGUCAAUGGCAUUGCUUAUUCUCGCUUGGCGCUUUUGCUACGAGUACUCCAGAAGCGAUGUGGCAUGUUCUUUGGCAGGCAAGAUGUGUACGUCAACGUUGUCGGGUCUGUGAGGCUUGGGGGUCGCGAGGGUGGCGGCUCGUCCGAUUUGACCGUUGCCGUGGCACUGGUAAGCAGUCUCGCGUCCAUACCUGUUCGUUCGGAUACUGCCUUUGUUGGGGAGGUGGGAUUGCUAGGCGAGCUUCGCCCGGUUGCAGCCAUGGAGAAGCGCAUUCUGGAAGCUCAACGUAUGGGGUUCCUUCGCAUAAUCACGCCAAUGACAUACACCAGAAAGCAACAACAGAGCGGGAAAAUGCGCAGCGGAAAAGGGUUCAUUACAACGACGGAACAUGGCAUUGAACGAGUACAAUGUAGCACCUUGUUGGCAGCAAUCAAUGCAGGACUCGUACAACAGCUGCCGAAACGAAGGAAACGAGACUCUACCGCAAGGAGAAAAGGUGUUUCUGCCCCAGGAAGUCUUGGGGACUUGAAUCUCGAUCCACCAAUACUGGAUGACGAUGACGACGACGACGAAUCGGCCUAUCAACUCUAA